AUGGUUCCAAAGCUUCGUGCAAAGCCUAACACCCGUGCUCGGGCCCAAAGGGCACCAACCAAGUUCAACGAACUGGAUGUCACUCCCAGUCGACCUGGUGAAGAGCGUCCUCCUUCAAAGAACGACAAGGAAAAUUUGCCCCCCUCCCAAGCAAACUAUCUUGAUGAUCACGAUAUUGGAGACUCUUUUUUCGAUGAUACCCAAGACAUAACAAACACGGCCUCAUUCGCAUGGUCGGACGGCGGCUCCACCAAUGUGACUCGUCGUAGCACUCCUGCCCCCCAAGAUGACUCCCCGGUAGAAGAGCUGUGGGACUUUGACGACGAGGACGAUGAAGCGUUUGCACAAUUGCUUAGCCAGGAUCCGAAAAACAAAAAUCUGCCUGACACCGUGCCUCUCAAAGAGCCCUCACUCACUCUGGGACCCCAAAUCGAUUUCUCAGAAACCGCGUCGACUGUUCGUCGUAGCUCGCCGUUCUUGACGAGCGACAUGCGUAAGGACAUCUGGGAUUUUUCCGAUAGCCAGUCGGGCAGUGAUUCACCACCGAACGCAGCCAAACCUGCCAAUCAGACAGAAGAGCUCUCUCUCGCCCCAGAUUCGAGAUCACAGCACAUAGCGAUGGAUGAUAUAUAUGAUGUCACCCCGAAGAAAGACGCGCCGCCAGCUCAGGCAAAGAUGGCGGCCGAGUCCAAGGCUAAAAAGUCCAAGGCUGCCAGUGUCAUCAAGGAUCAUUCCACUACCACGGUCGUGCAUUCAAAGUUGGAGACCCUUAGCCAACCAUCUUCACGUGUUUCUGCAAAGAACAAAAGGCCCCAUCAAAAGGCAAAAGAGCCUAUUCAAUUCGACCCUUUAACGCAAGAGAUUGUUGACGUGCCUGCAUCGAGGAAGAAUAACCCCCCCCCUAAGCGAUCUAUCGUGGGUGCCUUGAAAGAAUCUGCAAAGGCAUUGAGCUCCCCUUUCGUCGGCACCAAAAAGGGACCUCGAAAACAAGCCCCUAAGAAAAAACAGCCAAAACUCACGCCUGCAAAGAAGCGCCAAUCCAAAGCAGAGCAAAAGCAAAAAGAGCACCUUCAUCAAAUGUCACUCGCAGUCAACGAAGCCAGUGAUGAGCUCGAACCACUCCCCAUUGAGCGUGCUCAACCCAAGAGAAGACAUAUCUGCACAGAGGACAUUUCUCAUUCGAGGCAAAAGCAAAACGAGCAUCUUCAUCAAACGCUACUCACAAUCAACAAACUCAGUGAUGACGAGCUUGAACAAUCCCCCAUUAAGAGCGCUCAGCCCAAGAGAAGGAAACUUUCGAGACAGUUUAGCAUUUCUGAAAAAGGCAGCCCAGUUGUAACAAGAGUUGCUGCGCCUACGACAAAGGUCGGCCCUACCAUAACUGAGCCAGAUCCAUUUAUAAUGGGGAACACAAGCCCAGCGGUGGCAGUACAGCGUCCAUCUUUUUUGAGGACUAACUCGGGGGAUAGAUUGUAUGGACAGCAGUCGGAUAACACUCUCGGAAGCAGCGAACACAACCUCCCAUCAAGAUGGUUUCGUGGUUUGGACGAGCAGCAGCUACGCUCAAAGAAUAACCAUGGCAGGGAAAGAGACAUUCACGAUGACAUCAGAAAGAGUUUUCUGCAGAGCACCGAACCACCGCAAAGCUUUCAAGAUCGCCGGCCAGAUGAGAUGGCAGGCCAAAGUCAAGCUCACAAGCAGAUAUGUCUCACUGUGAAGCAACUGAUGAUUCACUUGGAGGGCAAGAAAUCUGCCGCCUCUGACAUUGUGGGAGCAUACCAUGCUGGCGGGACUGCUUCGGUAGCGUAUAUGCAGCAACAGUGUUUGCACGACAGCCGCAAAGUGGUGACUGCAAUUCGCAGACACGGUGCACUAUUUGGCAAAAAUCUACAAGCCGUCAAGGACGCCAUAAAGACGCGCAAGCAGGCUCGGAUUAGGAUGGCGGGCUCGCUCAAUGAGCUGUUGAAAUGGCAAAAUCAGGCACAUCGCAGAGCACGUUUGAGCCUUGGAGCUGCGGUUUGA